UUUACGCAGUAUAGCGUUUAUUGAAACGUCGAAGUAGAGUCUUCACGUGUGGACUGAGUCUCUGCCUCCAUAACAUUCGGCAGGUUAAUAACCUGAAAUUACUAAACCAGCUCUUUACAAUCAGGUAUCGACACACAAACACACACAAGGAGAAACAUGUCGUCCAGCUGUCGACGGCCUGAACACUCCGCUCCCCCAGAUGUGUACUACAAUGAAGCCGAGGCAAAGAAGUACUCUCAGAACUCUCGAAUGAUUGAGAUCCAGACCCAGAUGUCAGAGAGAGCGGUGGAGCUGUUGAGCCUGCCAGAGGGAGAGCCGUGCUUCCUGCUCGAUGUGGGGUGUGGCUCUGGUCUCAGUGGAGACUACCUCUCAGAGGAGGGACACCUCUGGGUUGGAGUCGACAUCAGCACAGCAAUGCUGGAUGUUGCACUGGACAGAGAAGUUGAAGGAGAUCUUUUAGUGGGGGACAUGGGCCAGGGGAUGCCUUUCCGACCUGGCACUUUUGACGGUUGUAUCAGUAUUUCAGCGCUGCAGUGGCUCUGUAAUGCCGACAAGAAGUCACACAGUCCUCCAAAGAGACUCUAUACCUUCUUCAGUACUCUCUACUCUUCUCUGUCAAGAGGCUCACGUGCAGUUUUUCAGCUUUAUCCCGAGAACUCAGAGCAGCUGGAGCUGAUCACGACGCAGGCCAUGAGGGCAGGUUUCAGUGGAGGAAUGGUGGUGGACUAUCCCAACAGCAGCAAAGCUAAAAAGUUCUUCUUGUGUCUUUUUGCUGGAGUAUCAGGAGCCCUUCCCAAAGGAUUGGGAAUAGAAGCCUCAGACAAAGCUGGCUCAAACCAGGUCCAGUACUCAGGACAAAGGUGCCGGUUCAAAAACAUGAAGGGCAAAUCAGGGAAGAAGGGGCGAGAUUGGAUCUUGGAGAAAAAGGAGAGGAGGAGGAGGCAGGGAAGGGAAGUUCGAGCCGACACUAAAUACACUGGACGUCAGAGAAGACCUAAUUUCUAGCUCUGACUCAUGCAGCUGGGCCCUCAUUAGCUCCUGUCUGUGCCUCCCUACACACAUUCACCUCUGGAGCCACAGAGUGUUUGGACUUGAAUAAUUUUCUCAACUCUUUAAUUCAAGUGGACUGGAGAGAGGGAAAUGCUAUUAUGGCCAAUUAUUUUUAUAUUUGGUCGAGUGUCUGGGAAAUUGUUUCUCACACACGUUGGUAAGAUUGCUCUCUCCACAUUCAUGCUGGAUGGAGAAUAUUAAGUACAUGAACAGACGUGUGCUGCCGGCUGAUGACGCAAGAACAACACAGUCACAGAAUUAAAACAAUGUUCAUAGAUUAUGAAAUGUCAUCCUCCAUUUCUGGUCAGCUGUUGAUUGUUCUAUCUAUAAUAUUUUAUCAAAUAAACUGAACGAUUGAAGAUUUUUAUUGAA